CCAGAAUUUAAUUUCUUCUAAAUUUUAUUUCAAGUCAAAUUAUGUAUAGGAAGUGUAAGAACAGUGAGUUCAAAUUUAAAGUUUUGCCGCCGCUACUUCAGUAUUCUGUUGUCAGCUUGAGAGGAGUGCCAAGAAACUGGGAGAAACCGAGGGAGGCUUUACUCAACAAUGCAAAGUCCUUGGCUGAGCUGGCAGCUGCAGUAGUGGACAGUCAGCCUCUGCCGGAAUGUCUAAACUGGACAACAGACCAAGUGGAACUCUGGGUGGAAGACACUGUCAAGCUACCUCAGUACAGAAUAUGUUUCAAAAACAAUUUUGUUCUUGGUCGUCAACUGAUUCUGCUUGAUCCAAGUCGCCUAGUGCAAAUGAGUGUACAUCGGUUUGAUCAUGUAAAGACAAUAAUGACAGCAAUCCGAGAGCUGUUUGAUGUGCCAAUGCCAUGCUACGCCAAAUAUCUCACUCUCCCCUCGGAAUACGACACUAUUUACGACUGGAACACCCUGUACUUCCGCCACAUUGCGUAUCAAUCCCCCGAUCAGGUUACACCUCGCACUAUGUACUGGCGGCAAGUAGGUUUGCUGCACAGUCUUUCGCAGAGACACCUGAGCUGCCAUUGGCUCUCCAUGUCUUCUGAUGCUGAGGAGUACAAUGCGAGGAUUGGAAGAUACAGAAAGAAAGACCCAGCCAAUUAUUGGGUGCCGAUGUUCAGAGAAGGAAAUUAUGUUCCUACAAAGAAAAAGUUAGAAUAUUUUUUUCUGGACCCUUUACGCUGGUGAUUCUUUAUGUGCACCUAAUUUUAAUAAAUUAAAUGUAUCAAUACCACUA